GGAUGGGUCUUUCAUGACAAAUGUCAUUUGGCAUUCUGGUUAUUCUCUAUUUCUACUCCCAUUACUUCUUUGCCAGUGGAGCUGCUCAUAUAGGUGCAAUGUUUACAGCCUUCUUGUCCGUGGCUAGUGCUUUGGGCACUCCAUCGUAUUUGGGAGCUCUUGUUCUAUCAUUCCUCUCCAACCUUAUGGGUGGCAUCACUCAUUACGACAUCGGAUCUGCACCCGUUUUCUAUGGGGCUGGCUAUGUGUCACUAGCCAAAUGGUGGGGUUAUGGUUUCCUGAUAUCGGUUGUGAAUCUUAUUAUCUGGCUCGGAGUUGGAGGCAUCUGGUGGAAGGCUCUGGGCUUGUGGUAAGGCAAGUUGAAGUUGUCAUAAAAUUUGCAAAUACACUGGCUAGAAGAAUAUCUCACCUAACUUCGCAGAUCACAGUUUCUUCUUCACAUCGAAAGCAGGUUUGUC